AUGGGCGAGUUCUACAUCUCAGUGCUCCCCAGCUGCGAGAUGGGACUGAAAGCUGAGCUGCACUCUCCGCGCAGAGACGGCACCGUCCCAACCCAGCUGGGCUCCCUGCCCUGUUGCCGCCUCCUCCAUGCAUUCCCAAAGCCCUCGCCCCUUCCCUGCGGGGACAACGAUCCGGAGCGGCACUUAACAUACCGUCUUUUCUGGUCUCUUCCAGGUGUGCGGUCAAGGGGGCUGGAGCCGCGGAACCGCGUCACUGCUGUGCUUGGCAAAGAUGUGGUCCUGCCCUGCUCCUACCAGGCUGCGGAGGGCGGGACGGUGCUCCAGGUGACGUGGCUGAAGCGCGGGGACGACGGGCAGGGCGCGGAGCUCGCGGUGCUGAAUUUGGAGCACGGGACCCACGUCCAGGACCCCUACGCAGGGCGAGUGUCGCGGCAGUCGCAAGGGUCCCUGAACGACGGCUCCAUCGUGUUGAAGAACGCUGUGCAGGCCGACGAGGGCACCUACGAAUGCCACCUCAUCACCUUCCCGCUGGGCAAUUUUGAAUCCAGCCUCACCCUCAAGGUCCUAGUGCCCCCAUUGCCGACCUUGAACCUGGGCCCCCCACUGGAGGAAGGUCAGGGCCGAACUCUGGCCGCCUCGUGCACCGCGGAGGGGAACCCCAUCCCCACGGUGACCUGGGAGACGGAGGUGCGUGGCGAAGCCAAGAGCCAGGAGUCCUCGCACCCCCGCUCGGCAUCCGUCACCAGCGAAUUCUACGUGGUGCCCGGGCGGAGCAUGCACGGCAAGGCCCUGACCUGCGUCGUCUCCCACCCGGGGCUCCAGCACAAAAAGAGGAUCACGCACACGCUCAACGUGGCAUAUCUAUCAGAUGCCUCAGUCCUGGGUCACGAGGCAGAGGACGACUGGGCCGAAGGAAAGGAAGGGGCGUCCCUCAAGUGCCUUGGAGAUGGGAACCCGCCGCCAACGUACAACUGGACUCGGCUCGACGAUCCUCUCCCCAGCGGCGUGAAGGUCAGGGGAGACACCUUGCUCUUCCAGAAACCCCUCGGCUUGGAGGACAGCGGCGUCUACAUUUGCCACGUGGCCAACAGCUUUGCGAGCAAGGAGGUCAAGGCCACCGUCAACAUAAAAGGGAACCCCACCAAGCAGGUGGACGUGGUCUCCGUCUCCAUGAUCGGGGCAGGCCUCAUUUCCGUUGUGCUGCUGGGCCUCCUCGUCGUGGUCGUCGUCCUCAUGACCUGCUACCACAAGCGGAAAACCAAGCGCAUCACGGAGAAAUACGAAGAGGAGCUGACCCUGACGCGGGAGAACUCGAUCCGGCGCCUGCAUUCGAGCCACAGUACGGACACCCGGAACCAGACUGAAGAAAACCUUCCCCUGAGGUCCGAGAGCCGGCAGGGCAGCUUCCGCGGCGACAGCCUGUGCCGGGAAAGCCUGCGAGCGGACAGCUUGUGCCGGGAGAGCCGGCAGGGCAGUUUCCGGGCAGACAGCCUGCGCGAAACCAGCCUCUGCUCCAUCCUGGGCGAGGAGGCGGAGGGACGGAGCUACUCCACCUUGUCGACAGUCCGGGAAAUCGAGACCCAGACGGAGCUGCUGCCUCCACCCCCGACUCUGGUCCAGGAGAACCGGACAGAGAAGGAGAAAGAGGAGAAGGAGAAGGAAGAGGAGGAGGAGCAGCGGGACGGCGAGAACAACAUCAAGCAGGCCAUGACCCACUUCGUCCAAGAGAACGGCACGCUCCGGGCCAAGCCCACCACCAACGGCAUUUACAUCAAUGGCCGGGGACACCUGGUGUGACGCUUCCCCCGCCACGGAAGGCCAGGACCCAAAAAAGCACUGAACCCUCUGCUCCGUUGCCUGCUGGCGCUUCCUCUUGGGGAGGGAGCAAGCAGGCCUUGAGACGGAGGCCGCGUCCUUCUGAGCCACUUGCCCGCCUGGCUGCAACGCAGUUGCCUUUGGAUCUCCCCGGGGAGGCCCGAGCACCCCUUCCUCCUUCCUCGGAAAAGCCUCCGAACUUUGCCCAAGGGCAGGAGAACGAGCGUCUCCUCCUGCUCUGCCCACCGGAGGAGGAAGUCAGCUUGUCCUUCAGUGGGAUGGAUCCCUGGGGAAACGCCACAACCUGUCCUGGAACGGGGAAGCCCUUGAUCUGACUUUG